AAACCCUGUGGAUUGCAAGGGGUGAACACACUAAAUCCGACAAUACAGCAGCUCUGUGUUAAACUCCCAAUUUUAUGAAACUACAAAGUCAAUAACUUAGUGGUAAAUGCAUUCGCCUUUCCUAAUCCAGCAGUUCAGUGAUUCCAUGUGCGAGUAAAAGUAUGAUGGAAUAUUGGUUGAUACUUUGAUAUGACGUUUCUCUGCUUCAUUAGGUACAAGUUGCAUACAUGCUUCAUCUGUCCAUGAUAAAGUAUGUCUGUUGAAGUUUCAAAAUUUCUUAAGAUCAGACAAGAAAUGCAAACCACUGACACACCACCAUAUGCUGCUGAACAGUAACUCCAAAUCGAUCAACACUUAAAUUGCUGUUUAGUGCAGUGCUAGUUUGUAUUGCUGGGUAUUUCUUUUUUGUUGACUUCACCUGCAUUAAUCCUCUGAUCUAGGGUCUCCUGUACAGAAACCAAUCAAACCUGUUCGCGCCAAACUUUCCAAAUAUGAUCCCGUAUUGAACACAAAAGACCAUGGUGGUGCAACACGUGUUCUUCGGUAUAUAGUGUGGCACAAGAUUUACCUCUGCCCAUAUCACUUACUGUUGUGUAUUUGUUUUUGUUGUUUGUAGCACAUCCAUAUCAGCUUUUCAGCCUUAAAACCCACUCAGCUGGCAUGACAGUGUCUCCUGGUCCGGGUUUUGAAGAUGACUGGGGUCCAGAUCCUGGCUUGUUUCUGGACUCUGCUCCUCGCUCAAAGUGGAUUUGUGUGCAGUGACAUUCAGUUCCUGGAGAGACAUGAAGGAGAAUCUGUGGUUCUUCCCUGUGCCGUUAAGCAGAGAAACCUUCCUCCCUACGGUGUCUACCUGAAGCGCAGCUGGUUACAACCCCAGAAUGUGCUGUUCAUGCACACCAAGAGCGACUUCUCCAUGGCCAACGAUGCUGACCAACACCGCGUCAGUGUCAGUGGCGACCCGAGCAGCCAUGCUCUCAAUGUGACCAUCUCUGAGCUGAGGGUCAGUGACACAGACAGUUACCACUGUGAGUUUUGCUUCGACAACCCUUCCUCUGAAGAUGACCACAUACGUGGAAACACUGAGUUCUUCCUCCUCGUCACGGCUGACGCCCCUGGGUCUCUGGACAUAGGGUUGGUAGAGACAUGUGCCGGGGGCUCGGCCGCGCUCCCCUGUCUCCCCCCAAACGGGGAAGGCUUGGCUGUUGAGGGAGUCAGUCUGAAGAGGCAGAGGGGCAAGGCUCCUGUAGAGCUGUUGUACCACUCAAAAGGUCACCGUGGCAUCAGUCCUUCCACCUCCUCCUCCUCCUCCUCUUCUUCCUCUUCUGCCUCUCAGUUUCCCACUGAGAGGGUGCAGCUGUCCUCAGCCCCCGGCCCUGGUGGCAUCACCUACAACCUCACCCUGCAGCAGCUGCAGCCAGAAGAAAGUGGCCUGUACAGCUGCCAGCUGCUGGUGCACGGCAGGUCCGAAACCACCUCCACUCUAGGGAGACAAGUGUUCUUUGUAUCUGUGCAAGGCCAUCACUGCAGCUGCUCCAGCUACUCCACCCUGCUCUACGCCGUGUCCUCAGCUGCAGCCCUCCUUCUCGUCUCCAUCCUCAUUGGACUUGUGGUGAUGUAUAAAGGCAAAGCACGCCACCGUGUCAAGUCUCACCCUCAGGCUCCCAUUUACGAGGAGAUGGUCGGGGGGAAGCCUCCCAGCCGAAAAACGGCCCCUCACCAUCUGGAGGAAACGGAAUCUUCUGAGUACAGAAACUGCCGCGUGAAGCAAUCCUGCCAUGAAAACCACUAUGAAUGUCCGAGUGGAGCCCUCUUUUCCAGAAUAAAUUAGAUGCUUAUUGACGUCUCAGCAUCAUGAACGAGACAGUGGACUCCUGUCAUUUCACACAUUAACAGCUAAGAUUCUCCUCAUGCUAUCAUCUGCUUCAAGGUUGCUAAACAUGGAUCUUCUCCAUCACUUGGUUGAGUUACUGUUGCCUUUCUAUCAUCUCGCACCAGUAUGGCCGUCCCUCUCUAACCUCUGACCUCUAGCAUGAACGAGACAACUGCUGCAGACCAUUUACUAUAAAUCCUAGAGAUGUUUGUGCCUGAAAAUCUCAGUCGACGAGCCGUUUCUAAAAUACUCACCAGCAGCCAUGCCACAUUCUCAGCCGCUUUCUUCCCCAUUCUGGUUCAGCAGCUCGUCUUGCCCAUGUCUACAUGCACUGAGUUACUGCUGUGUGAUUAGCUGGGCAUUUACAUUAACAAAUAUUUUACCUGUGUACAUGUAAUAACCAAAGUUUCGUCGUGGCCUUAGCUCUGAGGACACCUUGCAAAAGUCACAGAACUUGGAACAAAAGCCUUUCAAUUUGCCUCCAGUUUCUCUGAAUGACGUGUUUUUAAAAAUUCUCUUUGUGAUUGUUUAUAUCAUGCCUGAUUUUGUCCUUUAAUGUAUGUUGGCUGGAUAUAUUAGUGUUUUGUUUCUUUUUUCUUAUGCUGCCUCCUGUUAAAAAUAUUUAAGUCCCAGUGAGACUUUGCCUGGUUAAAUAAAGGAUGUAUUACAAGAAGAUGAACAAGUGUACCUAAUAAAGUGGCCAGUGAGUGUUUAUUCACAAUUCACAAUACUGCCCUGUGUGCAACAUUC